CGUAGACUUGAAUGACUGAGAAUGAAAGUGAAAGUACCAAAGUGUGAGCUACACAUGUAGAUGAAAGGUGUCCGGCGUUAUCACAGACCACAUCAAACGUUCUGCAAUUCAUAUUAUUUUCCUGUGGCUCAGUUCAUCAUCGAAGAGACUUGAAAGAGAGUCCUUGAUCUAAACAUUGGAAUAGCAGGCGACAGGGUCAUGCAGCUGUGUCUAAUUUCCCUCCUUCUUAUCAUCAAAGUGUGUCGACUCAGUACUGUCAGGCGAGACGUGUGCCCACCCCCGUCUCAGUUGAAUCUCACCAAGCCCCUGAACGGUUAUCAAGAAAACGGUUAUCAAGAAAACAGCUCUCUGCGCUACCAGUGUGUGGAUGGCUAUGUGAGGAAGGCGGGGACCUCCAAUCUCAUCAGGUGCAAACGGACUGAUCAGAAGCUUGAGUGGACACGCCCAACACUGAUGUGCAUUCCUGACCCAUCUAUUCCAACUACGAUAGAACCUUCAACAACCCACAAGACAACUCCAUCUCCCACAACGCACCUCUCAGUGCCCACAAAGAGAGUUAGCCCAAGACCAACCACUCCCAGUUCACCAAUAUCUCAAACACUGCAUCCUAUCACAGGGACCCAAGAGGUCAAUACUACGGUUACAGUGACAACCAUCAUCAUCGAUGACAUCACAUCAGUAUCAGCCCCAACUCCCAGUGAGUAUCCAGUUGGCGGUGAAAUAACUGAGAAGAGAUCUGAUACAGUCAUAUAUGCAGGUGUAGGCGUUGUGGUGGUAACAAUAUUGCUGGCUGCAGCGAUUGGAGUACUAAUGUUUUGGAGAAGGAAAGGGAUGCAGCGGCUUGAUCUGUCGCCAACACAAGACGAAAUGGAGCAAAUUAAUGUUGUGACAUGAGCCACACCCCUUAGUGCCCUGACGGACAACCAGUAGCCACUUAGAAAGGACAAAGGUGCAUCAGUCUGAUGGUGGGUGAACAAUGACCUUGGACUGGACAAGACGUGGACCAUGUGUGUGUGUACGUGAGCAGGGCCGUAACCAGGGUUUGAGUUAUA